GCUAAUCUUUUCGUUGGCAACCUCUCGUGGAACGUCACCGAAGAUUGGCUUCACCAGGAAUUCGAGAGCUUCGGUGAGCUCUCCGCGCGCAUCAUGACUGAGCGUGAGACUGGCCGCUCCCGCGGAUUCGGUUACGUCGAAUUCACCAACGCCGCCGAUGCCGCCAAGGCCUACGAAGCCAUGAAGGACGCCGAAAUCGAUAACCGCAAGAUCAACCUCGACUAUGCUACCGGACGCCCCGCCAACAAGGACCAGGGCAAUUUCAAGGAUCGCGCUCAGAACCGUGCUCGAUCUUUCGGUGACCAAGCUAGCCCCGAAAGCGACACUUUGUUCGUCGGCAACCUGCCUUUCAGUGCCAACGAGGACUCUGUGCACGAGGUAUUCGGUGGUCAGGGAACCGUCCUUGGCAUUCGUCUACCAACCGACAUGGAAUCCGGCCGGCCAAAGGGUUUCGGUUACGUCCAAUACUCGUCUGUGGAUGAAGCUCGCCAGGCUUACAAUGAUCUCCAAGGCGCUGAGAUCGAUGGUCGCCCAGUCCGUCUGGACUUCAGCGCACCCCGUACUAACAAUGGAGGCGGUCGUGGAGGCUUUGGUGGCCGUGGUGGUGGUGGUGGUCGUGGAGGCCCUCGUGGCGGCGGUGGCCGUGGCGGUCGCGGAGGAUUUGGUGGACGCGGCGGCGGAGGUCCU